CCCAUUGUCAUGCAUAAAAUUUUAAACAAGACACAAUUGUACACGUUGUCAUUGGUAAAAUUAUUGUUUGUCUGUUCUUAUAAACUUGGAGUCGACGUUAAUUUUAUCUAGAGGAUGUUUUAUUGUGGGAAAUUUGUUCAACAAAUAUGUCAGCAGAAAACGCGAUAAAGAAUUUAGAAUCCCAGGUUUUCUCAGUCACCUGUCGGCGCUGUAAUCACGUGUAUAAUGACGAGGAUCACCAGCCACGUCUGUUGCCAUGCCUACAUGACGUCUGCUUAGACUGUCUGUGCGAGCUCGUGUUCGAUGAAUCUCUGACAUGUCCAGAGUGUAAAACGACUCACAAAACCCCGGAUAAUGACGUCACUACUUUUCCCAAAGAUCCGGUGAAGUUGGGGCGGGUUUUGCAAAAUCCGGAAACUCUGUCGGAUGUCUGCUGUGAUUUCUGCGACGAAGAGUGCAGCGCCACACACCGCUGUACGGACUGCUUGGAUAACCUUUGUCCGGAUUGCCUGCAAAUUCACAGAAAGUACAAGAAAUACAAGGAUCAUAGUGUCCUUUCUAUUGAAGAGUAUGCAAAGCUACAAUAUUACGUGAACAGCACCAUUAAAUGCAGCGUCCCCGGCCAUACUACUGAACUAAUCAAAUUCUACUGCACAGAUAAGAAUUGCGAGCUAUGUCUGUGUCCUUCUUGUGUAAUUUCCCACAUAGAACAUAGCCAUAGAGUGCUUAAAAUCGAUACCGUUUUUGAUUUACGUUUAAAAAACAUAAAAACUAUUGAAACAGAUCUGCAGCAGCAAAAGGAGAGAGUUGAUGAAGCAAUAAGAUUGAUUGAAGAAGAAACUAUAGUUGUUGACAAAAUGGCAAAUAAUGCUAUGAAAGAUGCCGAAAGGACGUAUGAUUUUUUGAUCAAGCUGCUGGAGAAAAGGAAGUCAGAUGUCCAAAAUUCCAUUAAGUCAGUUCAGGAAGAUAAAAGAGAGCUCCUUAGAAAACAGGAGAAGGGCUUUCAGAUGCGUAGGAAUGUUAUAGAAGAUGGCAAAAAUUAUCUGAAAAGUUUAUUAGAAAAUGGAAAUAAGCCCGAAUUUCUUUGUCUUGAACCCAUCAUUCGCAAACAGUUUUUAACACUUUUAAAUGAGGAUCAUGGUUGCCUUCCGUGCACAAACCCAACCAUUCGAUUUUCGUUUCAAAAUAUGAUUGAAGAUUUUGAAGAACUAAUUAACGAACUGGGUUUAAUCGUGUUUUCAAAUGCGUUCGCACCUUUUACAAAAAUGACUGUUCCAAACCUAAGUUACGUUGACGAAACAUUUGAAAUUCGACUACAACUGUUUAACCCUCACCAUGAACUCACACAAGAAGAAGCUAUUGAUGUCCAAAUUUGUCUGGUCGAUCCCACCGAGAAGUUGACCCGGUCUCUCUACCCUUGUCAACUGGAGGAGGACGGGAGCCUGAGGACAGGUUUCCGCGUUGAGUUGGCUGGCAUCUACAAUGUGGAGGUUUUCAUUCUUGGACGACCGUUCUAUAUUCACAAUCAACAGCUGGAAAUCAUGGAGAGAUUCCACUUCACUUCAGAAGAUGGUUAUGAUUCCUGCAAUGAUGCCAUGAAAAGUCCCGUUCCUGAUUUAGUGCGAUCACAAGGAGACAUGAAACCUUUGGCCUCGCCAAGAAGACCCUUUAGCUUGUCUUCGACAAGAUCAGAGCGAUGUCGCAUGACCUUUACAUGUCCUCCUUUUCACCUUGACGAAUCGACUCUACACAAGAACUGCUAUAUUUCUGGAUGCAAGAGGAUUAUUUCUAACACAACUACCGCUCUAUCUCAGUAUCACACGACACUUACAAACAAGGGAAGCGUUUACAAUGGUGCUGCAGGGUCAAUUAGUUUCUUUUCCCCGUGUGCAGCCUACUUUGAGGUGGAGAUAAAGUAUGACAUCUGGAAAGAUCUCUGUUUGAAUGAUGUCAUAUGUGACGUCAUCAUUACUAACGAAGACUUGUCCGAGUUUACUACCACCCAGCGGCACCACAAGUUUGGAUGGAGCUUUUCUGUAGUUUUCUGUGAAAAAUGUCACCAGGUGUGUAUCGAGAGCUGGGACCACUUAGAUCUGGUUGGUCAUCUACCUGUUGGUUUGGUAACCAGAAACUCAUCCUUGCACAAGGUUAUUGGGAUAUUUCUCGACGACACAAACGCUUGCAUAUCUUUAGUGGACUGUACCGAAGCUGACCUCAUCGCACAGUUCAAUGACGUCAUGUUUGAUAAACCUUUAUGGCCAGCAUUUUGUGUUAAUCCUUCCGAAAAGAUUACCGUUGAGUUAAAGAUAAAAACUGGUCAAGAAAUAAACUAUAUGCCUGUUCAUCUUUUACCGAUAUGAAAAACACAAGCAUUAUUGUUUAUCAUGACUAUUAUUGAUGUUUUGUAUGCAUUGCAUUUUAAUGUUGAAAAAUAGAUCAAAAACCAUUAAUCAAAUUUAAUUGAUUUUUAAAGGAGAAAAACUUGGCAUUAUGAAAAUUUUUUCAAAACUGUUCAAUAGUAACGGUAUAAUAUUCACUUGCGUUUGAGAAAACAAACACACUCAACAAAUGUGCUGUUACCGAGACUACCUUAUUGGGAGCAGCUGACGUUUAUUCAUAUUACAUCAACACUUGCAGUGAAUUAUAUAAUUACAUAUAAAAUGUCAAACAUGAACAAUAUGGUACUGCAAAAUGAUUGUAACUCAAAAAAUUAACAUUAAAAAUGGUUAUAUUUUAGAAACGAAGAUUUCAAAUUUAAAACAUAUAAUAAUGAUUUACUUUUCUUCCCAUGACAAAAAUGACAGACAAAUAUGAACAUUUUCUUUUAUCCAACAGCAGUCAUUGAAUUCCAUUAUAAUUAUCAUACCCCAAAAAGGAUGUAAAAUCGGAUGAAAGUUAAAAGGAAACAAUUCUUAAUAUGAUCCAUCUACAGAGGGAAAACAUUUUCCAUCAAAGAAUGGACAGGAAAUUGUGAAAAUUCCCAUGAGACAAGAGGAAUAAUAUUUUUGUGCGGAAAACAUAACAGGAUUUAACGUCCGAUAUUUUUAAUGUUGCUCGAUAAACACAAUGAACUAUAUAUCAAAUACAUGACUACCUUACUCAAUAUGGAAACUUCAAAAGUGAUAUUAAAUGAAAUACUAGUAAACGAACACUCACACACGACAACAUAACAAUAUAUAUACAUUUGCAACUAUGUGUCCUUAUAUUAACCUUUGGAAUAGCGAAUACAUUCAAAUCUGUGUGAACUUUUUGAUAACUACACAAUGAUUAUUACACGCGCUUAUCGUUUCACGGUUGCAUUAUUGUUAACCUAAAUACACGAUUAUGUUAAUAAUUCUGGACGAUUUGUCUC